AUGUUGAAGAGAUCGUUUUCUAUGAGCGCCACCGCUUUCUCGGGUCUCGUCAAGGUUCCGGUACAGGUUCAUGGUAUCGAAGGACGUUACGCAUCUGCCCUUUACUCAGCUGCUCACAAGCAGAAGAGCCUUGAGCAGGUUGACAAAGAUCUUCAAAAGAUCAGAGGAGUUUACCAGCAAGAUCCAAGCUUCAAAUGUGAUUUGAUUAUCAUGUUGCAGAAUUUCGUUCUGAAUCCGACCCUCAAAGCACAAAAGAAAAAGGCCGUAGCUCUUGAAGUAGCCAAGAAGCUUGGUUUAGCCAAAGAGUCUACCAAUUUUCUCGGUCUGCUGGCUGAGAACGGCCGUCUUAGCAAGUUAGAAGCAGUUGUCUCUUCCUUCGAACACAUCAUGAGGGCUCACAGAGGCGAACUUUUCGUUCAGGUCACUUCUGCUGAACCCCUCAGCAAGUCUCACGAAUCCGCACUGAAUGAUGCUCUCCAUAAGAUGGCAAAAUCUGGACAAAAAUUGAACGUGACAUACACUGUCAAGCCAGCGAUUAUGGGUGGUCUAGUGGUAACCAUAGGAGAUAAGUACGUUGAUCUGUCGAUAGCCUCUCGCGUCAAGAAACUCAAGGAAGUUAUCGUAGCAUCUAUUUGA